AUGGCAGCCUUCGACCUUGCCUCAAUCCUUCCUCAACUAGGACUCUGUUUGAUACUUGCAACUCUCUUACUCGCCUUGAAUAGAAGAUUGGUGAAACUGGUGCAGCCACUCAACGACUUUGACUGGACUGUUCAACAGCCUCAAAAGUUCCGGCCUUUCAAGUCAAUCUAUCACAUUACUAUGGCAAUCAAGUCAGACACGGCGUCGGAGCUCAUCACGAUAGACCGCGAUUACCUCGAUCGAAUUCAGCUCCGAAAGAGCCUCAUCCAAACCCAAGGCCAAAUGGUACACGGAUGUGUUCCUGCUGGAGUCGAUGCUGUGGACGAACUCUACACUUAUCUUGUUGCGCAGUAUCUGCCCAAGCGCUACCCAACCAUGUUCAAGUUGUCUGCGGACGACUCCAAGCUGGAGAAUUUGGUGACUGGUGAUGCACACUCCACGACACCUCCAGUUGACCACGAUACUGCCCUACGAAUCAUGGGCACCACAGUCGAGGAAGACUUGUUUAUCCUGAAGCCUACACCGGAAGGCCACCAAUGCGUUGCCUUCGUGUGCUGCUUUCCAUCUGGCUGGAAUCCAGCCUCAAAAUUGGGAAAGCACAUGGGUCAGAUACACUUCAAUGUUCCAUCCUACAACAAAAUUGGGCCUAGCAUGGAGCGCUUCUUCACGAAGCUUGAGGUGGGAAAGAAUGUCAAGCGAACCAACUGGACCGUCCAGACCCAUGGGGAGCUUUUCAACGCCAAGGGGAACCAUGUGACGGGAGAGGAAAAGGUAGAAAGUGAGCAGAUAGAUCCAGAAAAGACUUAUCUUCGGAUCGAAUUGCAAACAUUGAGCCGGCUGCCAAGAACUCACUCAAUCCUCUUUAGUUUCAAGACAUAUCUGUAUCCGUUACGCGAGAUCAAAGAGGAAGGUCUCGGGGAGGAAUUUGCGACCGCGAUCGAGGGUCUUGAGAAGGGAAAUGCACCAGGGAUGUGGAAAUACAAGGGGGCGGUUCGAUGGGGUGCCAGCGUGUGUGAGUAUCUUCGGUCUUGA